AUGCAUCUAUCCAGCCUGCUGCCCCUUCAUGCCCUCUAUGUGACCCUGUCUCUCUCUGCACAGCACUUCCCAUCCUGGGGACACUAUGACCUGUGUAAGACCCGGGUCCACUGGGACCAAGGGAUGAGUUGGGAUUACAUGGCCUGCCAACCUGAGACCACCCUGCUCACCAGGUUCCUGAAGAUCAGUCUGGAUCCCCCCAACAGCACAUGUGGAGAGACCCCCGAGAUGUACUGCACUCUGGAGAACCCGUACAUGUGCAACAAUGAGUGUGAUGCUCACACGCCUGAGUUGGCCCACCCUCCCGAGCUGAUGCUGGAUGAUGAAGGCAGGAUUCCCACCAGCUUUUGGCAAAGUGUGUCCUGGAGGAGCUUUCCCAAGCCCCUGGUGGUCAACAUCACACUGUCCUGGGGGAAGAGCAUCGAGCUGACCGAAGACAUCAUCAUCACCUUUGAGUCUGGCCGGCCGGAGCAGAUGGUCCUGGAGAAGUCCCUGGACCAUGGGCGGAGCUGGCAGCCCUACCAGUUCUAUGCAGCUGACUGCCUCAACUCCUUCGGGAUGGAGCCGAGAAGGGCCCGGGAUCUGAGGGCUGCCUCGGUGCUGGAUAUCAUCUGCACUGAGGAGUACUCCAGGGGCUACGUGUGGAAGGUGGACAAGAUGGUCCGCUUCGAGAUCCAGCAGCGUCUGGCUCUGUUUGGGGGUCCCCGCUUUGGGGACAUGGCCUCACUGUACGGCCAACUGGACACCACCAAGGAGCUGAGAGAUUUCUUCACCCUGACUGACCUGCGGCUCCAGCUGCUGCGGCCAGCCACUGGACCCACCAGCGUCGACCCCCACAAUCUCUCCAAGUACUUCUACGCCAUCUCCAACCUGGACAUCCGUGGCCGGUGCAAGUGUAACCUUCACGCCAACAACUGUGUCAUGAAGAAAGGGAAGCUGACCUGUGAGUGUGAGCACAACACCACGGGGCCGGACUGUGGUCGAUGCAAGAAAGGUUUUCAUGGCCGACGGUGGAGAGCGGGCUCGUACCUCCCCAUCCCCAAAGGGACGGCCAAUGUCUGUGAGCCAAGUAUUUCAUCACUUGAGGGCACCAAUUCAGAGCAAGUGUGCGAUAACUUGCUAACACGGUGUGAGAACGGAGGUGUGUGUGAGGAGAACGGGAGGUGCCGGUGCCCCGCUCCCUACACCGGGCUGCUGUGUGAGAAAGUCCAGUGCAGGAAGGGGGCGGAAGGCUGCGUCUCCCAAGCGGCCUGGGAGCCCUCCUUGCACCGGGCUCUGCUCUGGCUGACCGCGCUGCUCACCGCCGCCCACGGCCGCCCGCUGCUCUGA